UUCGUAAGGUGGUGGACAUUGCCUCCGGUGCAAUUGCCGGCACUCGGUGGAAAGGCGGCGGGAAAGAGUAUUGCCUAGUAGUCACUCUGGACAUUAAGAACGCGUUCAACACGGCGAGGUGGAGCUGCAUCCUAAGGGCGCUGGAGAGUUUCGACACACCCAGGUACCUGCAGCGGAUGGUACAAAGCUACUUUGAGAGAAGGCUGCUUUUGUACGACACGCAGGCUGGCACGGAGGAAUACGAGGUAUCGGCAGGCGUCCCGCAGGGUUCAGUGCUUGGCCCCACUCUGUGGAACGCAAUGUAUGACGGCAUCUUGCGACUCAGCCUCCCCCACGGAGUACACAUGGUGGGUUUUGCAGACGAUGUGGCUGUCCUAGUGGUGGCAAAAGACCUGUCCGUCGUGGAAACGACCUGCAACCAAACGAUAGCGCGCAUUCAACAGUGACUGGACCUGGUCGGGCUCGAACUCGCACCCCACAAAACAGAGGCAGUGCUGGUAUCCAGCCGGAAGAAAGUCGAGACGGCCAACAUCUCAGUGGCAGGUACCCUGGUUUCGUCUUAGCGCGCUAUUAAAUACCUUGGUGUCCUGGUGGACACACGUCUCUGCUUUCGGGAGCACUUGGCCUACAUGGGCACGAAGGCGGCGACCACCAACGGUGCGCUCUCGAGGCUAAUGCUGAACACCCGAGGACCAAAGCAAUGGCGGCGACAACUGCUAACGAGUGUCACGAGAUCGGUGAUGCUAUAUGCGGCGCCAAUCUGGGCAAAGGCCCUUCGAACAGCGAGCUACGCACGGGGUCUGGCAGCCACGCACCGCCUCUCUUCGAUUCGGAUCACCAGUGCCUUCCGAACGGUCUCGGACGAGGCAGCACACGUGAUCGCGGGCAUAGCACCCCUGGAAUUCCUGGCGGAGGAACGGUCCACAUACUACCAGGAAACACAUGGCAGAGGAAUGGACGCGGCGGCGAAAAGGCAGGUACGCAUGGCGUGGACCCACCAGCUUAUCCCGUCCAUCGACGCGUGGGUAAGCAGGAAGCACGGGCAGGUCAACUUUUACCUGACUCAGCUCCUCAGUGGUCACGGCUGCUUCCGAAGCUACCUUCAUCGCUUCGGGCACGCGGACUUGGUGCUCUUGGUGCGGGCACUACGUGGAGGAGGAUGCCGAGCAUGCGAUAUUUUCGUGUGGCAGGUUCGCAGCGCAGCGCCAGCGGCUAGAAGAAGCGCUGGGUGGAGCCGUAGUCAAGCAGAGCUUGGUGCCGUGCAUGCUCCGGUCCCCGGAAAACUGGGAGGCGACGAGCUGCUUCGCGGCGACCAUUAUGAGGGAACUGCGCGCUGUUGAGCACCAGACAAGAGUCCAGUAAGUCUAAACGAAGCCUGCACAUGUGUGAAGCAUUGCUUCACGGCCGUACCACACAUGU